AUGGCCGCCACCAACGACGACACCCUGACCAAAGUGUCUACUGAUGCUUCCACCGAGUUCGUGCAGUCCUUCUACCCGGCUCUGCAAUCCAACCGCGACGCCAUCGGCUCGUUCUACUUGCCCACGCCCUCUACGAUUCUAUUCAAUGGAAACACUGUCGCGGAUGGCGCUGCGGUUCAGGACAUAUUUGUGAACCAGAUGCCUCCCGCCCACUAUGAAGUGCAGUCGUUCGAUUGCCAAGUCGUCAAUCGAGCGUACCCUACGACCACGGCCACCGGCGUGAAGCCUUCCGCACAGAUGGGAGUUAAGGACAUGUCGGUGCUUGUCAUUGUCAGUGGGCAUGUGCGAUACGGAGAGUCUCGCGAUCAACCGCAGCGAGGAUUCAGCGAAACAUUUGUGCUGGUGCCCAAUCCAUCUGCGGACCGAGGGAAACGACGCGACUGGCUUAUCCAGAGCCAGAACUUUCGACUGGUGGUAUGA